AUGAACGAGUCUACUCGACCACCGACGCCCAGAAGUCCACAGCGACUUUCGGAGAAUUCUCUACCAAGUCACACGAGCACAGACGACGUUUUGUCGUUGCCUUUGUCAUUUGCAACUUCUCACGUCGAGACAUUGAUUAAAUUGCCCUUUUUGAACCCGAAAUGCUCGCUUGUACUGCAGUCGAAGCGCGUGUCGCACGUAUGUAACGCUCUAAUGACUUUCAAAUGCGCAACGGGCAACCUCCAGACGCUUACAAAGACGAUUAAUGAACGAGCAUCGAGUGACGGCGUCUCGUUGCUGGAGAAGGAUGCGUUUCUGCACUUGGUACAGUCGUUAAUGGAAAAUGCUGAGCCAAUGGAAGAGACACUGGAGCGUAUUUAUCGCUCAUUUGAAACGACAAAUCGGACUGAUGUUUACCAGUUAAUAACCGGUUGUCUCGUGCUUUUACCUGGACAAGUGAAGGAGAAAGUGGAGAUUGCGAUCCAGUUCAGUCGAUGCGGAUGUGGCGAUGAUAACGAUAACGUCAUUACGUUUUCUGUCGUUUCUAAGGCACUGAGCUGUUUAUUGCAGUCAUUAUGUGCUGUGUUUGACCUGACGACGACAAUAGAAGAUCAGCUGGAAUCUAUGACGUUAAUUAUCAAGACAUGUGUGGAGAAAACGGUCGCGUGUAUGUUUGUGGCUUGUUCGUUAGGAAAAGAUGACACGGCGUCGUUUGAAGAACAAAUCUGGCCAUGGAUUCAAGCAAAUAGUGGCUUGAGUCAAGCUAUGAUGUGGAUAAGUCUACUGGAUCCAAACAAGUGGCUAGAAAUGUCGUCAUUGUCUAAAGAGUCUAUGACAGAUCGAGGGUUUUUGAAGGAAUCGCUGUCGAUGAAGAGUGAAGAAGGAGAGAGUGAUAUCGAGUAUGAUGAGGAAGAGGAUGACUCGACGGGGUUAAGCUUUCGUUUCUCGAGUGUGGAUGGCGGUGUGUUGAUUAUUGGCGAACAGCAAGCUGUGGAUUUGUAUGACUUACUGGCUCAAUCAGCUUUCACACGUGUAGCUCCUCAAGCAAUGUACGAUACUUUUGUACAGCAUACGGGGGAUGGUUUACUUGAAGAGGAGACUUUUCUAGAAGCUAUUGAAGAACUGCUUAGCAUGACGGACAAGCCGCACUUGAUGGAGAACAAUGCUUUUUUGGAAAGUACACUGGCCAUUUUUCGAUCAUUUUUGCCUAAGAAUUGCCGAACUGUAGAUGCUUUUGAGAUUGCUGCUGGUUUUAGCUUAAUGUCGUGGGGAUCGAAAAGCGACAAACUUGCGUCGGCUUUUCAUUAUUUCGAUGUGGAUAGUAAGGGCUAUUUGAACCGCCAGCAGCUGUGGAGAUUCUUGCGGUCUGUUCUUAUAACGCUACUUCACUUAUCGCCUCCAGAUGAAGCUAUUUUGCUUCGAUAUGGUUCGUUGGCAGAAUUAGUAGACAAGGGGGAAGAAGAGAUACUAGAAUCUAUCAGGGAAGGAAUAUUAAGCGUGGUUGACGAGGAAGAAGAUGAAGAGAGGACCAGCGAUGGCAGCCAGGAUGAUGAAAAGAAGCUAUAUGCUGAUGGUGAAAAUGAUGGAAUUGAUGGUGGCCGCGCGCGUGCGAAAUCGGAUAUGCGACUUGGUCUUUACACGUUUGAAGGUUUUGGAUUGUGGUACAACGGCGGAGGAUUUGAAGGAAUGAGCUGGCUAGAGCUGCUCGAUCUUCGCAAAUGGGUAUUUGUAUCACCUUCAAUCACGUUGGAGAGUCUUGACACUCGUUCAGUAGACCCAGCCGUAGCAAGCAACAAUUACUACACCGCCAACAAUAUUCAGGUGGAUAUUGACGCUAUAGACUCUCCAGAGGGAGCACCGGGUGUCAAAAAAUCAUAUUUCACAUUUGCCGACGUUAUCGACGAGGAUGAUGACGAGGACGAACCAAUCCUGGUUGUGCAAGACCCGUCCCCUUCGGCAACGUCAAUCGGGUCUUCUUCAACAGCUGUACGAUCUUACAAUAGUAGCAUUCCUGCUACCCUUCCCGCAAUCUGUCUGAAGAAUGAGAUCGUGCUGGAGUUUGACCUGCCUUUUGACGCGGAUGACGAUGCACUAACUGAGUUACCGUUAACAACUCUGAGCUUCGACAACGGUGAUUUGAUCCAGUACUUUGAAGUUCAGCGAGUCAUUAAGCUGAACCAGGUGGAAUUGUACCGAGUUUAUGACGUAUUUGAGCCGUAUAUGAAAAAGUCGUCUUCGGCGUGUAUUGAGAAAAGGACAUUUGACAAAUGUGUGGCUAAACUUUUACCUAUUGACAUAGCUCCUAGUGUGGCAGCUGCAUUUGACGGGAUCAGCAACACGCGCGUCUCGCCUCGUAGUGUCGUCCGUACAAAGGAUUCAAAGAUGGUUGCGGAUACUCUCAGUCGCUUAUUUUUUGCCUUCAACCGUGGUGGAACGGGCAAGAUUGACUUGGUCGAGUUCGUGUCCGCAUUAACCAUGUUUUGUGCGGGCUCGAAGAGUGAGAAGUUAGCAUUUGCAUAUCGACUGUUUGAUGCUGAUGGAGACGGAUGUCUUACUCGUCGGGAGAUGUGGAAGUAUUUACGCGCCUUCUUGACAAUGUUAUUGGCUUUGGGGAACGGGUCCGAACUGUCAGCGGAAGCAAUCGCCAGUGUUGCAGAUACCACUGCGAUCGAGAUUGCCGACUGCAUUUUCAAAGACACGAAUAAGACCUUUAGUACUAGGCAGUCGAUAUCAUCAAUGCGAGAAGGCAGUCAACGACACAGUUUGGACUUUCCAGCGUCUGUCGACUCGGCCUCGCUCAAGGGCUCAUUGAGCCAUCGCGGUCAGAGGUGCUAUGAGCACCGCGGGUCUUUUCCUGGUGAUACUAAUCUUCAUCUUGUUGGCGCCGCAUCCAGUGCAUCAGGAUCUGGUGCUGGGAGAGCAUUCAUUCGUGGAGGCGUUGUCUCCUUUGAAGAAUUUGCUGUUUGGUAUUCGCAACAUGGUUACACAAUCAUCGCGUGGAUUGAGCUGUUGGACACUAAGAAAUGGCCAGAGGUACCCCCUUCGGUGUCUGAUGCAAUUCUUCGCUAUAUUAGCCGCCAUCACCACGCUCUGGAAAGUGCUACGCAAAUGGAAUCUGAAGAGACGGGUUCAGGAUCAUCUAACGAUACGGUUUCUUCCAACGAGAGUUCGAACCGCGUACAUGAGUCUUUGGUACCUAAUUUCCCUGAUUCAGAUAUGACGCUUCUUGACACCACAGCCUUUCGGACUUCCGAUCGCCAUGCUGUCGAAGCAGGCAUGGAUGCGGUCAGCGGCAUUGCAAAUUUAAUCACUUCUCCAACAGCAUCAACGGCAGCAGCAAAGGACCUUUCUUCGGUGGCACUUCAAUUCAAGUUGACGAGCUACGAUAACACGACCCUACGCAUUCGUUUGAAGGAUGUUGCCAUCGUUUACACGAUCUCCGAACGCAUGAAUUGUAGUCGUAUGACGUGCGGCGAGCUCGUGCAUUUGCUGAAAAAGCACGCACACAAUCGCUCGUUAACUAAACCUGGGUAUUUACGCGCCAUGCGCGACCUUGUACCACGUGACGAGCUGUCGAACGAGGAACAAGAGUUUCUCUCGUUUCACUUGCUGCGUAUCUUUACACUUUUCGAGAGUGAAAGUGUAUUACAGAGCGGUGAGACGAAUGGUAUCAACAGCACUGAUGAAGGUGAACACCAGAGCGGAACGUUUGCAAGCGGGGUGGGUACUAACACUAUAUCAGUUGAAACCUUGCAGCUGGUUGCUGGUAUGUGUGUGUUUUGCGGAACAACAAAGAGUGCCAAGCUAGGUGCGCUGUUCAAGCUGUUUGCAUCCCACGGGGAUGGACACGUUUCUCGGCGCCGACUUUUCGAAUUGCUGAAAUCUAUCCUUGUGGUGUUGUUUGCCUUCUCAAGCUACAAUGCUACACGAGACAAUGUAAACGACACGGGGUCUAUUAGCUCCUGGAGUACUAACUCGAUCGCAGGACGUGCAGCUGGCGCCUUGGUCUCCAAGAUAUUCUGUGAGGCAACAUGUAAGCGCCCGGAUUCCAUCAGCCUUGCUGAGUUUGCUGCGUGGUAUGCGGCAGGAGGCUAUAUGGACUGUCCAUGGCUGGAGCUUCUUGACCUGUCUAAGUGGCCGGCCAAGGAAGCUUUUGAGGCGAGUAAACGCGAGAAACCGCUAAUUUACGCUUUCGAUAUGCUUGAAGAAGGCAGCAUUCUGCACUUCACAGAGAGUGAUAUAUCGACGUAUCUAUUUAUGCUGCGCUCGACGAAGCUUGGCGAGUUGAGCGUAAGCAAAGUUUAUGAUGCACUACUGGCCUAUGCUACGCCGUCAGCUGAGGAGGCACUCAAGAUGUCUAAGGUUGUUGGAACUCCGAGUCGCCGAGGCCAAAUGUACUCAUAUGCUGCUGUGGAGGAAGAUGAAGGAGCAUAUCUAGUUCUGACGCGUGCCAACUUUUACAAAUGCGUGCGUAGUUUGGUAUCGAAAGACGACAUGUCAGAGAAGGCUCAGCAGACCUCGUCCAAGUUGCUCUCGCGGCUGUUUAACGUGUUCGAUCGCAAGCGUUGUGGCCGUGUAAACGCCUUAGAACUUGCGUGUGGGCUGAGCAUUUUGGGCAAAGGUUCUAAAAGUCAGAAACUCUCUUUGGCGUUCGACUUUAUCACCAAAAUGCGCCAACAGCGGCACAAAACACUUGCAAGCUAUGCACCGGCGCCUCCCAGCACUUCUGUAGGUCUCGGUGGUUUUGGCGCACAAGGAACGGCUACGGGGGGGUUUGGAUUUGGACUCGGAAGUGUUCAAAGCAGUCAGUUUUUGAUGAGCAAUGGAGGGUUUGGAUUUCCUAGUACCCGUGAUUUUGCAUCAAGUGCGCAAGGAAUGCGAGGUGGCACGACUCGUUACCCUCCACCAUCAUCAGCGGCUGAGAUAAAUGCGCUUCCACAUUCGGUGUUGUUUAUCUACCUACGCUCAUUUUUACUGACACUCAUGGCACUCAGUGAUGGUACGUACCGCCUUGGGUUGGAGAAGAUCUAUGUGGAGGCUGAUGAUUUUAUUGAGGAAGCUAUGGGCGAUCUCAUGACGGAUGUCACAACUAAUGGAGGUGCCAAUGGGACUGCCGCCAUCAGUAUGUCUGGCUACGGUAGUGCUCGCUCGCGCACUCGCGUGACCUUCGAGCAGUUUGGCGAGUGGUAUAACGCAGGGGGUUAUCAACUGAUUUCGUGGGUAGAGCUUCUAGACGUGAGCAAGUGGCAGCAACAGCAGGACUUUCAGGAUCUGUCGAUGGUGACGUCAGGAGCUGGCCCUGCAUCGGUUUAUCAGAGCCAACGCAUCGCCUCUUACAUGGGCUCGCAAAAUCGUGGCCCAAUGUCUACAGCGGCUCUUAUGCCAGUGGAGCCGAUGCAGCCAAUUCAACACUCCGUGAAGCCCGUGACACGACGGAGGCAGGUGCGCCAGAGCGACAUUGUGUCAACUCCGUUUGUUCGUGGUCUUCCAGCACCAGCUUCAGGUCAAACACCUGACCUUCGCAAGUCUGCAGGUGCGACAAGUCUGUGCUCAGAUGGUCCCGUUAUGGUAUUUGCCAUUGCAAAGAACGCUGCAGAACUGCAGUUCUUCAACGAAGACAUCUCGACGCUUAAACUGUUCCUUCGGCAAACGCAACUGCACACGGUGACGUCAUGGGAGCUACAGGGUGCAGUUCUGGAAGCGUUGAAUUUCCCCGCUGCCAACAGCGCUGGUAUCAUGUUGACACGUCGCAGUAUGUUUUUGCGUGCACUUCAAAAAGUAUGCGGAACAUUACCUCUCACUGCUCCGUCAAGUGGAUCUACCGAUCAAGCUGGAUUCCUGAGUGACGAAGGGAUUGAGAUGCUUCAUUCGCUACUUGGUGUUUUCGUAGCUGAAGCUGCUUCAGACGAUGAAGUUGAACAAAUCGCAGGCGAUGAGGUUGAAGAUGACGAGUUGGAAGACCCGACGGACAUUGGAGCAGCAAUUUGCGGUUUGCUGGUGGUCUGCGAAGGUUCGAUGCUUGAGAAACUCAAGUGUUGUGCAGCAUUAAUUUCCGAUGACGACGGAGAGAGCGCUGAUAAGGGUGAGGCAGAAGGCGAUGAGGAACAGGAAGGCGACGGAUUAAUGGUGAAGUUGGAGACCAUCAAGUCCAGUCUCAUGUGCUUUUUGAUGGCGUUCUACGGCAUGAGUAGCUCGCUAAGCGCCGAGAUGGCUCGCUAUUCCUCCGAACUCGGCGCAGAUGCCGUGUUACAGUCUUUUGCCGAAUCAUUGACCGAAAAGUCAACCACCCUAGACUUUAAGAUGGAAGUAUCACUUCGCAUCUUCUGCGACUGGUUCAGCGAAUCCGGCUAUCCGUCGCAUUCAUGGCUCGAGCUGGCCGAACUCAAUCACUGGCCAGCUGCCAUUAAUGUUUGUGGCAGCAAUGGGAUUACGGAUUAA